CCACAAGUUACUCACCUAUGUCCGUCAAGGCCUCCAAAGAGUGUACAUCGGAUAAUAUAAAAAUGAUGAUCAUCUCGUUACUGGACAUCAGUUGUUCGUUGCAGCUAGUAACAUGAAGGUCUUUAUUUGUUUGUGCGUAUUGGUAGCUUAUGCCUCAGCAGGCUUCUUAGGAGGCGGAGGUGGAGGUUUCGGCGGUGGAGGCCUAGGUGGCUUCGGAGGCGGCGGAAGUAGUGGUUGGAAAUCAGGCGGCGGAUCUGGUGGAUAUGGUGGAGGUUAUGGAGGCGGAAGUAGUGGAUGGAGCAGUGGUGGAGGCGGAAACGGAGGAGGAUGGAGCAGUGGAGGAGGAAGAGGAGGUGGCGGAAGCAAAGGUUGGAGCAGUGGUGGUGGAGGAGGAUGCGGUGGAGGUGGAUGCGGAGGUGGCGGAGGAUAUGGAGGCGGACAAACAGUAAAAGUUAUCAAAGUAUAUACCAGCGGAGGCGGCGGAAGUGGUGGUCAUGGAGGAGGUGGAUGGAAAUCUGGAGGCGGCGGUGGAGGUUAUGGAGGCGGCGGAUUCGGUGGCGGUGGAUAUGGUGGUGGCUCAGGCUGGAAAUCUGGUGGCGGAUCAAGUGGAUGGUCCAGUGGAGGCAGUGGAGGAUACGGAGGCGGAUCAGGCUUCGGAGGUGGAUCAGGAUUCGGAGGAUCAGGCGGUGGAUGGUCUAGCGGCGGAGGAAGUGGAGGAUUCGGAGGAAGUUCAGGCUCCAGCGGUUGGUGGUAAUAUGUCGAUGAACCAAUCACUUAGUACCGCAUCAUUUGGUUACCAAAAACGUGAUAUGUAAAUACGAAAAUAAACCUCUAUUUUCUGGAA